AUGGCCUCCUUCAUUGCACGUGACGUCGAUCUUCGAGACGCAGGAGCACCUUUCUCCUCGCAGGAAGUGAGACUCGCCUCGCCCGAUUUCCAAUCCGUUUCAUCGAGAGAGGGAUGCCUCCCACGGACCUCCAGGGCCGGGCGACCCUCUCGGGGGGAUCCCGACGUCAUCUCCUCGGAGUUCUACGGGGACGCAUCGAAUCGAAAGAGGGAGGUCGAAGCCGGCUUACGGUCGGGUGAGUCCCGUCGGCCGAGAAUGCAUCGGUCGGCCUUUUCUUCACCUGCGAUGGACGACGGGACGGUACCAGAGCACCCGGCACAGGUGCGCUCCGAUCGCCAAGAGCCGAGAAUGUCCCGAGUAAAUGCGACGAAACUUUUUCAACGUCUCUCGGCGGGGAAAAACGGUCGUCGCGUGAAAAGUGGAAGGAUCCUCUGGGCCCGGAAUUUCCUGAAUCCGGGGAAGCGACUCUCUGUCCUACUAAAAGGCGGCGCGCAUCGAGCGAGUCGAAUCGGGAGUCGAAUCGAGAACUUCAUGGAACCCUCCAGCGGGUCGGGAGUGAGUGCCGGCCGUCGUCCCACCCCACGAUUCAGCUAUCACCUUUUGCAAUUCCCAAAUUCAACGACACCGUUAGUGUGCGGCGUCUCCCAAGCGGACUCCAGAUCCGGAACCCUCGAAGAGAACUCGACGGCGCCCAACUUAAACCGAAUCAUCGGAGGAACCCCAGUUCCAAGUCAGAAGAAGUAUCCCUGGAUGGCGUGGAUGGGGUCAGCUCCACGGACUUUUAACUGCGGAGGAUCCCUCAUCAACGAUCGAUAUGUCCUCACUGCUUCUCAUUGUGUUGAAUCCAACACGACACGAACCUUUUACGUGACCUUGGGAGACCUGGACAAGUCGACUUCCUCUGAAAGUCAAUCUAUUCAGAUUGAAGCCACCGCCAUAAUGCAUCCUGAGUACGAUACCCCGACUUGGGUGAACAAUGACGUCGCUAUCUUGAGACUCGAGACUCCGGUUGACUUCCAAGCUUACCCCCACAUUCGACCCAUAUGUCUCUCCUCCUCGGUCAUCCCAAAUGUGGGGGAUGCGGUCACAAUAGCCGGAUGGGGUCGCACGGAAGAGAAUGGUGGUCCUCACUCGAUGACGAUGCUGGAAACGACUGUGAAAGUGAUCAGUGCAACAACUUGCCGGAAUUGGUUCGGUUCCGCUGUCAACAACAACUUCCUUUGUGCUCAGGAAACGGGAAAAAAUAUUUGCAACAAACUUCCAAAUGAUUCGUGUCGAUCAAGGUACGUGGAGUAUAAAGGACGCGAGGCGGAGAGAAGGUAUAAGUGGGGACGAGGGAAGUCAGUCUUGGAGCUCGUUCGCUCAGCCGGAUCUUCUCCCAUUGCAAAAGCCGACCCGUAA